CUGUUUGUUUUCGCACCGCCAAAGCGUACGAUCAGUGUAAAUAUUGUCUCCUCAAGUCUGCCGAUUGUCACAAACAGGCACGAUCUCUUUUCCAUUCGGCAAAGUGUUUGGAUCAGGCGAUUUUGAUUUGCAAGGAGAUGAAUAGCUUUUCAGAUAUUCGAAUGUUGGCGGAGCGCGCGUGUAAUUUGUAUCAGCAACAUGGCAGUCCUGAGUCCGGAGCAUCAACACUCGAAAAGGCAGCUCGUAUUUUGGAAGAUCCCAUGCCGGAUCAAGCAUUGGCUUUGUAUCAACGAGCUGUCGAAGUCACUGCGGUUGAAGACACAAGUCGACAAAGUACGGAAUAUGCGAGCAAAGUGGCGCGUCUCAUGGUGAAAUUAGGUAUGUAUGAUCAAGCUUGCGAUGCGAUUCGACGUGAAAUCGGUUUGUAUCAACAAACCGAGAAUAUUGGCUUAAUUGGGCGACUCGCAGUUGCUUUGGUGCUCGUGCAAUUGGCACGCGAAGACGUUGUCGCCGCAGAAAAAGCAUUUAAAGAAUGGGGAAAUUGCUGCGAUCCUGCCGAAGUUCAAACCUUGGAACAACUUUUGCAAGCAUAUGACGAUGAGGAUCCCGAUAGCGCUCGUCAAGCCCUCAGAUCGCCCUUUAUUCGACACAUGGAUAUCGAAUAUGCGCGACUUGCCAACGAAUUGAAAUUGCCACGAGGCGCUGUUGCCGCUCCCAAAGCAAAUGUCAUCGAAAAUGCCGCAGCUUCGUACGUUUCGCCAAAUGCAGCGGGCGGGGGUGAUGCUGAAGCACAAACUAGCGGCAGCGGAGGCUUAGAUGACAUCGAAGAAGGCGGAUUAUGUUAAAAAAUGACGUGAUUCCUCGAAAUUCCAGUUAAUUAUUACUAUACUACAAGUGACGUACUUAUUUUUUCUUAUAAAUUUAAAAAAGCGUGAUUGUGUUAAUUUUGCUUGAAUUAAGAGACUAUUUAAACUUUUUGACGCUUGUCAAGCAUUUAUUUUCAUAAUUUCUAAUUUUUGACUAAAAAAAGUCAAAAUAAUUCCAUUUAAAAAAAUUUAAAUAUUUAAUUUUCCCUUUAAUUUAUUUCACCGCUCAACCUCUCUUAGAUAUGCAUAAAAUAUUUAUUUUUAUAAAGCAUUAUUGAUAAUUGCAAGAAAAUUUAUUUUUGUAGAAUUAAAAGAAAGAAAAAAAGACAAACAUUGUUAAUUCAUUUUAACUUACGUACUUUAAAAAUAAAAUAUUUAUCAAAUAAAAAUUUAAAUUUAAGAGGCAAAAAUUAAAUUUAAAAAAAAAUGAUAAAAAUAUCUGCGACACUCAACACAUUUAUCACAAAAAACUAAAAAAAAAAUAUUUAAAAAAAAUCUUUAAAAAUUAUACUAAGCUCUGUGCAAAAAAAAA